AUGCAUAUUCGCAAAUUGGGGAAUGAAUCCUGAUGAAAAAUGAGACUAUGAUAAAUGAUAAAUCAAUUCGGGUAUCAAAUGGCUGGCUUAUCAUUUUCGUAGUAACUCACUCAUUCGAACAUGAGAAUUUAGGAAUUUUCUCCCAGUAUCUCCGGCGCAUUAUGCAAUAUUUGAUUUUACAAAGUCAUUCCCGAAUAAACUGGACUUGUCAUCCCGUCCAAUGCACAUUUUUCAUGUGUACACGUUCAAGUGUAGUAUGCAUGCAUAACAAAAAUCAUGCAAAAAACGUAUCAUUAUUCUCUCACUCAAGUCCAAGGUUGAGUUGAACAUGUGAAAAUAAUCUCAUACGCGUUUAUACGUAUCAUAUGAACACUUGAGUGAUGUGAUGAUUCCAAUGAAAAUCAUUCCGCAAUUCAGUGCUUUGAAGCAGUUGUUUCUGCAUUAAGUUAAGUCCUCUGCUGUUCAUUUACAUGUAAAAAACCUUUCAAAAUUUCAAAAAACAUUGGAAAUCCUUCAAUUACAAAUUAUUUUGUGCAAAUUUUGAGUGCUAGAAAGCAGUUGUUGUUACAUUCAAUUAAUUCAUCGUGUUUUUUUAAAAUAUAAACAUCUCUAGAAAUUUCAAAAUUUUGAAAAAAUAAUAAUGUUCCUUCUUCUUUCUCUCUUGUCUGCGACUGGAUUAUCUACGACGACCCUGGUCACCAUUUUUGCCCUCCUUCUGGGCACGUAUUUCGUCCUUUUUCCUCAAAUUAAUCGGAAAUGGCAGGAAAGGAAAUGGAAAAAGUGGUCAAACACUCCGAAAGAUUUGGUCAUUAUGCAUGCAAUCUUUCGAGGAAGAACGGUCCCUCAUCCUUCCCCAUUCGUCCUGAAACUCGAAACGUAUUUAAGAAUGGCGAAAAUUCCGUAUAAAGCAGACAUAAGUAUUAUUGACGCGUGGGGACCGAAAUCCCGUUUUCCUUGGAUUUCGAUAAAUGGACAGCAUUUAGGAGAUUCACAGCUUGCGAUUGAAUAUCUUAACAAAAAAUUUGAAGUAAAACUUGGUCACGAAUAUUCCAAGAGUGAGUUGGCUAUCGGGGCCGUGGUGCGAGUUAUGGUGGACGAUCACUUGUUCUGGGCGAUUCCGAUGGAGCGAUUCGUGUACGCUCCGUACCACCGACUUGCGGAAGUCAUGGGGUCACACCUUCCCAAAUGGGUGAUUUGGAUUUACUACAAAGUUUUACAGGGUCAGGUCAUCAAAAGGUCGAAAGGUCACGGAAUCGGGCUCAAUCCGCAGGAGGAAGUCCAACGUUUGACCCAAGACGACUUAAAGCAUCUCUCCACUAUUCUCGGUCAGAGAAAGUUUCUCCUAGGCGAGUACCCAUCUGAAUACGACUGCACCGUAUUUGGACAUCUUGCCCAAGCCAUGUGGGGUCUUCCGGGGUCCUCGUUUGAAAAAGCUGUCAAAGAGGAAUUUCCAAAUUUAAAAGAGUACUGUUUAAGAAUAAAGGAAACUUAUUAUCCCGACUGGGACGAGGUGGUGGACAAGUGAGAAGUGUAUGCAAAUAUAUAUAUGCAAAUUCAAUAGGUAAAAGUAUUAAAUAUGUACUAUUUUAAUUAAUAAAUUAAUAAUCCUAAUAAUAAUUUCAAAGAUUUGCUGUGUAAAUUAAAUCAAUAUUUAAUGCUUAAUUAUGAAUUUCGGAAUUCCUCCGAAGUUAGAACUGUCAUUACUUAACUUUGCAAAAUUAAUGGUGUUUGCCAUUUCAUACUUUCCACCACAUUUCAAAAACAUACAACUCGUAAUUUGCAGAAUAAAGCAAAUAUUUGACAUUUUACGUAAUAAUACGCAAAAACAAA